AUGUCGCUACGAUUGCGGUCACGGUCCAGAGAUAGAGAAAGAAUACGGCGGAGAUCCAACUCCCGAUCCCGAAGGCGCCCCGUUGAACGGGUGGAAAGGGAAAGGACAAGGCGAAGACGGAGUGCCACGCCAGCUUCAAAGAGCAGGAGUCCCAAGAAGAAGUCAGGUGGUGGAGGUGGUGGAGGUGGUGGUGGCAGUGGCUUUGAUGUCAAAGUCAUGCCGGAAGAUCUGGAGCGAGUGCAGGCGCUUGCAAGGCAGUACAAUCAGAACAAGUCGGUUGCACAGGCCGUAGCUCUGCAUCUGGAACAGACGAAGAACCAGCAGCCACCUAAUCCUGAGGUGGAGACUUUCUUGUCUCAGUACCCUCAGAUCCAGGCACAUGCUGCGGCUCGAUUACGAGCACUGCCCAAAGAGGCUCAGACAAACGUCCUUAUGCGUGGUGGCCUGGGUAGCGCCCGUGAUCCCACGGCGAUGCUGCUCGGGAGGAUACGACAGGUUGAUCCUUUCAACACCACCUGGGUGCCCCACACACCCGGCAUGCAGCCGUUCCCAACGCAAUCGCAGGUAGCAGCCCAACAAACCAUGGUGGCGAAGAUCGCUCCCGAGCCCAAAGCGCCGCAACUGGCUCAAGUUAAAGAUCGAGAUGAGGGUGAGUACGAUGCCCUGACGGCACUAGCCGAAGGGGAGCUGAUGCAAAGCGCCAGGAUGCAAAAGGCACAGGGCAGAUAG